AUGUUAAAGUGCAGUGUUGUCCUAUUAGUACUAGUUUUGGUCAUGGUUUGUUGCGACGACAAGGAAUUAGCCCGUUUGCAAAUAGGAGUCAAGAAGCGUGUCGACAACUGCGAGAUAAGAUCAAGAAAGGGAGAUACUCUGAACGUGCACUACGUGGGGAUGUUAGAGGACGGUACCGAAUUCGACAAUAGUAGGUCUCGCAAUAAGCCAUUCAUAUUCACGCUCGGCAUGGGACAAGUUAUUAAGGGAUGGGACCAAGGACUAUUGAACAUGUGCGAGGGCGAACAACGUCGUCUUGCAAUCCCACCUGAUCUGGCAUAUGGCAGUUCCGGUUCUCCGCCGAAAAUUCCGGCCGAUGCCAGUUUGAAAUUCGAUAUCGAGUUGCUCAAGAUUGAACGCGAAGGAGAUUUAUAG